AUGACUUUAUACCUGGGCUCCCCACCAUGGCUCUCUCGCCCAUCUCCACCUCUCCCCACUUUCAACAACACCAACGCCUUGUUCUUCAGGCUAAGCUUCACUUCAGUCAACUCCCAAAAGCUCAUUACAACAAAGGCGUCGUCUUUGGGCGAGAGUGAAAGUGCUAAUGGGAUUGCAGAGGACUCUGUUUCUGAGCUUUUGGACGAGGACUUGUUAAGUAAAGUUUCGGGUGCUAAAGAUGCCCAAGAAGUACUGGAGAUGUUUGAUGAAAUGGCUGAGAGAAAAAAUGGGGGUGUGGUGAGUGUUUCUGAUUGUUGUGAUAUUAUCUCGGCUGCGCUGAAAAGGAACAACCCGGAAUUGGCCCUCUCUGUUUUCUAUGAAAUGCGUGCCAGUUUUGAUCAAGGUAGUUCUGUUGAUGAAAAUGGUCCGAGGUGGAGGUGGUCCAGACCAGAUGUGAGUGUUUACACAACAUUAAUUCUGGGACUGGCUGCAUCACUGAGAGUUUCUGAUGCCCUUAAGAUGAUCAACAAUAUAUGCCGAGUGGGAGUGUCUCCAGCUGAGGAGGUCCCCUUUGGAAAAGUUGUGAGAUGUCCAAGCUGUAUGAUAGCUGUUGCUGUUGCACAACCACAACAUGGUAUUCAGAUAGCAUCGUGUGCAAAGUGCUCCUACCAAUAUGAACUUGUUUCUGGGAACAUAGACAGUAUUGCAUCAGAAGAAAUCGGCAUGGAUAUUCCAGCUUGGAAAAGGGCACUAAGAUUCCUGCAGAUAUUGAAGCAAAAGAUUCCUGCUGCUGUUCACUCCAUUGUGGUACAAACCCCUUCAGGUAUGGCUCGUACACAUAGAUUUGCUACUGAAACAGUUGAUCUCCCAGCACAGAAAGGAGAAAGGGUCACCAUUGCUCUUGCAGCUCCAUCAACUGUAUAUAGAGAGGUGGGUCCCUUAAGAUUUAGUCCAAAGGCCCCUAAUUUUUACCCUAGUGAGCCUAUCUGCUUGACAAACCAUGAGGAUGGCCGGGAGUCACAACUGUUAAGAGCCCCUACAAAAGAUGGUGGCACGUUGCUUACUAACCCCUCCAUACUUUUUCCAAUUGUUGCUGUUCUGGCCACUGGCAAUGCUGCCUCUAGAGUUAUAGACACCAGCCUCCCCCAACUCCUCUCCGUCACUGCAGUAACAUCUCUUGCUGUUGGAGUUACUCUCAAAACAUUGGUCUUGCCCCAAUUGAAUCGUCUUCCUCAGAGAGUAGUGGAUACAGUUGCUAUCAAACAGCAGCUAUUAUCUCAAUACGACACACUCCAAUCUCGUCUAAGGGGCCUAAAAGAAGCUGCUGAAAAAGAGGUCUGGAUGUUGGCUCGGAUGUGCCAGCUUGAGAACAAGAUUUAUGCUGUAGGAGAGCCAUCUUAUCGUGCUCGGAGAAGUAAAGUCAAAAGGGUUCGAGAAGGCUUGGAAAAUUCUCUCAGGGGAAGAAUUGAGCUGAUUGACAGCUAUGCGAAGAUUUCUUCGAUGAUCGAGAUUGAGGUAGAAUUGGACUCUGAUGUUCUUGCUGCUGAACAAGCAAGCAAUGUGGAAAAUAUUGCGGAACAAAUACAACAGACCAUGGAACUAGAAAAUCUUGAAGAGAGAUGGAGAAUACAGGUAGAAGCAAAUGAUGAGGCAGAAAGACUUCUUAGUUCCCAACCACUACCCACAGAACAAUUUUAGGAUCUUUAUCUGGUGUAUCUACUCCAAAAUGAUCUUUGGUUCGAUGGUUGGAUCAAUCAAAGGGCAUGCACAAACUAUACAUUCUACUGAACAAAACCGAUAGAUAUAGUAUGUUCAGUGAGCCCAGCCUUUAUGUUAUACGGAAUCGAUGGUAGCCAUGACUGUUGGAGAAAGAAGAUGGUGACUUCAGAAGGUAGGUGAUGAUUGUUCAUGUUCUGACGAAGAAUGUCUUGGAGAGUUGGAGCCACUAAAUUGCUUCAGAGCUCGACUUGUAUCAUCCUUUCAGGUAAACGAAGAAUAAACGUACUGAGAAUGGCCAUUAAAAAGUUUACUAUUCAUUGCCAGAUUUUUAAGCGUUUGAAGAGCUCGUAUUCAAUAUCUAUCGACCAUGUAACAUACAUGCCAUUAUGUCAACUAUCGAAAUCUGUAGUUCAGUAGUUCUAUACAAGAGAAUGUUUUUUCUG